AUGCCGGAAGAAGACUUGGUGGAGCUAAAAUUCAGAUUGUAUGAUGGAUCAGAUAUUGGUCCCCUUCGGUAUUCGCCGGCCGCCACUGUCGCCAUGCUCAAGGAGAGAGUUGUCACCGAGUGGCCCAAAGAUAAGAAAAUUGCACCAAAGUCUGCAAAUGAUGUGAAAUUGAUUUGUGCUGGGAAAAUAUUGGAAAAUAGUAAGACUGUUGGCCAAUGCAAUAUGCCUUUUGGGGAGCUAGCUAAAGGUGUUAUCACUAUGCAUGCUGUUGUACAACCAUCCUUGGCUAAAGCAAAAGCAGAAAAGAAGGUUGAUGAAUUGCCGAAGAAAAGCAUUUGUUCAUGUGCGAUAUUGUGA